AUGGAUUCUAGAAAGGAUUGGCUCAACCUGGCAAACGUUGGGAGGUUGAGGGCGCGAUCGUCGUCGAAGCAAGAGAAUGCCAACGGCAUCGACGCCGAGGACAGAAGUCCUUGGCGUCGGAGGCUCUCUUCCAUGGCUUGGCCCUCCUCUUUCAGGAUGGCGCUUCUUCUACUCUUUUUUGCCGCCAUCUCCACCGCCUGCCUUACUCUCCCUAUCGAGAAGAUUUUGAAGGGUUUCUUGCUAUGGAUUAAGCGUGAUCUUGGACCUUGGGGUCCACUUGUUUUGGCUGUCGCAUACAUUCCUCUUACUGUCCUGGCAGUUCCAGCUUCAAUACUUACGAUAGGAGGUGGCUACCUAUUUGGGUUGCCUGUGGGGUUUUUUGCUGAUUCUAUUGGCGCAACCAUAGGUGCAACAGCUGCAUUCAUUCUUGGAAGAACGCUUGGAAGAUCAUACGUUACCUCAAAGCUAAAGAAUUAUCCAAAGUUUCAGGCAAUUGCUGUUGCGAUUCAAAGAUCUGGCUUUAAGAUUGUCUUGCUGCUUCGUCUUGUUCCCUUACUUCCAUUUAACAUGUUGAAUUACCUCCUAUCUGUGACUCCUGUUACAUUGGGGCAGUACAUGCUGGCUUCAUGGUUGGGAAUGAUGCCAAUCACAUUUGCAUUUGUGUAUAUUGGAACAACUUUGAAGGAUCUUUCUGACAUCAGACAUGCAUGGAAUGAUGGUUCCACAAGUCACUGGAUAUUCAUAGCACUGGGCUUUGUGGUAUCUGUGAUUCUGAUGGUGAGCAUCACUAAAGUUGCAAAGGCUUCUUUGGACAAGGCACUAGCUGACAAUGCAGAGGUAGAGGACAUCUUAAUCUCACCAACACUACCCAUUGUAGCUGAGCCGCCCAUGGAUCUCCAUAAGCCUCUCACGAUCCAGAUAGAUCCAUCUGAACAUCAUCAAACAUAAUAACAAGGUUGCUUCUUUGUACAUUCUUUCUUUACAUGCAACCUAUUAAUUAGCAGAGCAAAAAUAGCAUCAGGAUUCAGGAAGGCACAUUGGGAUAUUUGUUCAACUUAUUACUUAAUUGUUAUUAGCAACCAAGCAUAGGCGCAGGAAUAGGAAAUACCCCCCUGAUUUUGUAUUCCAUCCAAUUUAGGUUCUCAAAAAUAAAAUAAUUAUGACUCAGUUGAUUUCAUAGAAAAAUUAUGACUUGAUCCA